UUCGAAGCAUUUUCUUAUGAAUAAAAAACAUUUAUUUUGCUUUCUCUUUCUUCUCCACUCCAUUUCUUGCGCUUUCACUGGCAAGUCUCAACACCCACUCACCCACCCAGGUGUCACAGUGGGAUAUAAGAAUAGAGAGAGUGGGAAGAAGGGAAGGGGAAGAAGGAACAGGGGAAAGACAAGACCCUGCAGUUGACAAAAUUAGGUGGCUGUUUCUCUUUCACCUGAGAGUUGAUGGGGGUAUACAGAGAAGAGUCCAGAGAAGUUUCUCUUGAUGCCUUAUAAGGUCUAGACAAGCUAUUUAUGGAUGCUAUUUCCGCAAAUGGAAGUUCGGAUCCAUUGUUGUUGACCAGAUCUGACUGCCCCAUUUCACUUUCACCACCUUUUAACUAAGCCAUACGUUGCAUCGCCUCAAUUUGCUUCCUCUUUUGGUCAUAUCGGCUUCCUUAGGCAUGGAAAAUGGUCUUUUAAAAGCCACCGUUCGCAUUCUGAGAUUAUUUUCUUUCUUAAAAGCGAGUGAUCAAUUAGUGGAAAUAUGACAAGCUGCGUGAUACCAGAGGGGUGGGAGGGUAACUUUUUAUGCUACCUAGACAGGGAUUUUGAUGGAGGAGAUGUUUUCUGCGAUUGCAGUGCCAUUGAGAGUAGGUAAUUCAGUUUGUGAUAACCCGAACAUAGCUACCCAUAUGGAUGUGUCCAGACUUAAGCUGAUGGCAGAUGCUGGAUUGUUAUCUAAUUCGAUAUCUAAGGUCUCAACUGAGACAGUUGCAGAUUCUGAUGAGGAUCGUAAUGGUGGGAAUCUGGAGAACCAAGUUAGCAUUACUGCAGUCUCAUCACCAAAACUUGAUAGGGAGGAAGAAAUUCCUUUGUUGGAUACCAUAUCCCAAAAUAAAAGCACACCAGUUGCUGGUGGUGAAGUUUUAACCCCAGAAACUGAGGAUGAUGAUACAAUAUCAUUGGAGGGUGAUCAGAUCAUUGACAGCUCUUGUUCUCUUUCGGUAGUCAGUGAGAACAGUAGCAUAUGUGGAGAGGAGUCGGUCAAUUUUGAGGCUACUUCUGAGAUAAAGACUCCAAGUGCUAUUGACAUGGAGAAGAGCAUCUGUGCCCAACCUGCUGAUUUAGAUGAGUCUAAUGUUGAGCCAGAAAGUGUUGGUGAACCCCUUGCUGUGGCAGUGAGCCUUGAAGAAGAUUCUAGAGUUGGAUCUGGCCCAGAGUCUUCUGCGGUUGUUCUUCAGCUGCCUCUAGAAAAAGUGGUGAGUGGAACAGUUGGUCGUAGUGUUUUCGAAUUAGAUUAUGCCCCACUUUGGGGAUUCAUUUCCAUGUGCGGAAGAAGACCAGAGAUGGAAGAUGCUGUCGCAACUGUGCCUCAAUUUAUGAAAAUUCCUAUUCAAAUGCUAAUCAGUGACAGGGUAAUUGAUGGAAUGAGCAAGUGCUUGAGUCAGCAGACAACUCAUUUCUUUGGAGUUUAUGAUGGCCACGGUGGCUCUCAGGUGGCAAAUUAUUGUCGUGACCGUGUUCAUUGGGCUUUGGCUGAGGAAAUAGAAUUUGUGAAAGAAGGUCUAAUAAAUGGAGGUAUCAAGGAUGGCAUUCAAGAUCAAUGGAAAAAGGCCUUCACCAAUUGUUUCUUAAAGGUUGAUGCUGAAGUUGGAGGAAAAGCUAACCGUGAACCUGUUGCCCCUGAAACUGUUGGUUCGACUGCUGUUGUUGCUAUUAUUUGUGCAUCUCAUAUCAUUGUUGCAAACUGUGGUGAUUCAAGAGCAGUUCUGUGUCGUGGCAAAGAACCCGUGGCAUUGUCAGUGGAUCAUAAACCUAACCGAGAUGAUGAAUAUGCAAGAAUUGAAGCAGCUGGAGGCAAGGUGAUACAAUGGAAUGGUCAUCGUGUGUUUGGUGUUCUUGCAAUGUCAAGGUCUAUAGGUGAUAGAUAUUUGAAGCCAUGGAUUAUUCCAGAACCAGAAGUCAUGUUUCUUCCUCGUGCGAAAGAUGAUGAAUGCCUCAUUCUGGCCAGUGAUGGUCUGUGGGAUGUCAUGUCAAACGAAGAGGCAUGUGACCUAGCUCGAAGACGAAUACUUAUGUGGCACAAGAAAAACGGUGUUGCAGUAGCCUCAGAGAGGGGAGAGGGUGCUGACCCUGCUGCACAAGCAGCGGCAGAGUACCUGUCAAACCGUGCUCUCCAGAAAGGAAGCAAAGAUAACAUCACCGUAAUUGUGGUGGAUUUGAAAGCUCAAAGGAAAUUUAAGAGCAAGACAUGAUGAAGAUUCCUUGACUCACAACUUGGUUGGUUGAUGAUGAUUGUUACAAUAGAAAGCUUAGUACAAAUCAAAAAUGGUUUUGCCCACUAAUUUUUCAGCCGGGCAUGUUGGCUUUAAUUAAGGAGAAUAGCACUGUGUCCUAUACAUCCACCAUUCCUUGAUAGAACUCCUGAAGUGUCUCCGAGUACCCACUGUGCCACAUUGGGGCUAUGUAAAUCUUAGCUGCUUAUUGUAAGGAUAGGAGACCAUUUCCGCGCCUCUGACAUCUAUCACCAUAUAUUGUAUUCAUUAUUAUGCCUCCGAGUACAAGGGCUCUGUGAGGGAUUCACUUGAUAUUAUUUUAGCUGUGUGUUUGUUGUUUAUAAAUGCAGUAGUUAAUUCUCUUUCUGAUAUUGGUUUA